GACCAUGCGACAAUCACUGUCAUGUUCCCGAAUCUCGAGGUUUCAACUUCACUUCUCCCGAGGCAGCCAUUGAGUUGGAUUUUCCAAAAGGGUUUGCUUGCUUUUUGUGCUUUUAGCAGCAGAAGUUCAGAACUGAAGAUCCCAGCUGAAAAGUUUAGUUUCAAACUUUCUUGUUCCCCACUACCUGGAUCAGUUUCUCUGUUUCAUGGAGCAUGUCAAAGUAGUUGCUUUGCUGGUUUCCUUCUUUCUGUGGAACUGGCUGCCAAAGCUUGUUGUGGGCACUGAUAGCCUUCUCUCUCCAAAGGGUGUCAACUAUGAAGUGGCUGCUUUGAUGUCCAUGAAGAGUAAGAUGAAUGAUGGCUCGCAUGUGAUGAAUGGUUGGGAUAUUAAUUCAGUUGACCCUUGUACUUGGUACAUGGUUGGUUGCUCUCCUGAGGGUUAUGUGGUUUCCUUGGAAAUGGCUAGUGUGGGUUUAACUGGAACCAUUUCCUCAGGAAUUGGAAAUUUGAGCCACCUCCGAACAUUGUUAUUGCAGAACAAUCAGUUAUCUGGUCCUAUCCCAGCUGAGAUAGGAAAACUGCUAGAGCUUCAGACCCUUGACCUUUCUGGUAACCAGCUUGUUGGGGAAAUUCCUACUUCUUUGGGGCUUUUGGCUCAUCUUAGUUACUUGCGGCUCAACAAAAAUAAUCUAUCUGGACAGAUCCCUCAACUUGUUGCUAAUCUCACAGGGCUUUCUUUCUUGGACUUGUCGUUUAAUAAUCUCAGUGGUCCUGCUCCAAAGAUUUUAGCUAUAGGUUAUAGUCUUUCAGGAAACAACUUCCUCUGCACAUCUUCAUCCCACAUUUGUAAAGGUGUUUCAAAUCCAGUAAAUGAUGCAGGGUCAUCUCAGACAGACAGCCAUCAUCACCAUAGGAAGCUUUCUAUUGUUAUUGGUUUUAGUUGCACAUUCAUAAUUUCAGUGAUGCUGCUUCUCUAUUGGUUGCAUUGGUACAGAUCACGCUUGCUCUAUUCAUCUUAUGUGGAACAAGAUUGUGAAUUCGAUAUUGGUCAUUUGAAGAGGUUCUCCUUCCGUGAAUUGCAAAUUGCUACUGGAAAUUUCAAUCCAAAAAACAUUCUAGGACAAGGUGGUUUUGGUGUUGUUUUCAAAGGAUGCCUUGCAAAUAAAAUGUUGGUGGCAGUAAAGAGGCUGAAAGAUCCCAAUUACACUGGAGAGGUGCAGUUUCAAACAGAGGUUGAGAUGAUUGGCUUGGCUGUGCAUCGGAAUCUCUUGCGUCUUUAUGGAUUUUGUAUGACACCAGAUGAAAGGUUACUUGUUUAUCCAUACAUGCCCAAUGGCAGUGUGGCUGAUCGCUUGAGAGAGCCUUGUCGUGAAAAGCCAGCUUUGGACUGGAACAGGCGAAUGCGUGUUGCUCUCGGGGCUGCCCGUGGACUUCUGUAUUUGCAUGAACAGUGCAAUCCGAAAAUAAUCCACAGGGAUGUUAAGGCUGCAAACAUUUUGUUGGAUGAAAGUUUUGAAGCUGUGGUGGGGGAUUUUGGUCUCGCUAAGCUCUUGGAUCAAAGGGAUUCACAUGUAACUACUGCAGUACGGGGUACUGUAGGGCACAUUGCCCCUGAGUAUCUCUCUACUGGACAGUCUUCUGAAAAAACAGAUGUUUUUGGAUUUGGCAUAUUACUUUUGGAGCUCAUAACUGGACAAAAGGCACUGGAUGCGGGCAAUGGUCAGGUCCAAAAGGGAAUGCUCCUUGAUUGGGUUAGAACCCUAUUUGAGGAGAAGCGACUAGAAGUGUUUGUUGAUAGGGAUCUGAAGGGAUGUUUUGAUCCAGAAGAGCUAGAAAAAGCAGUGGAGCUGUCUUUACAAUGUACUCAGUCACUUCCUAGUUUGAGACCUAAGAUGUCAGACGUUUUGAAGAUUUUAGAAGGCCUGGUUGGGCUGUCAGCGCGGCCGGAGGAGUCACAAGGGGGAGCAAACCUAUAUGAUGAAAGGACUCGCAGUUUCUCGCAGAAUAGCGAUGUUCAUGAAGAACCUUCCUUCAUCAUUGAAGCCAUUGAGCUUUCUGGACCUCGGUGACAAUUAGUGUAGUCUGUUUGAUUUUGCUAAAGUCUACAUGUACAUGAGUUUUGCAUUUUAUCAAUAUAGAAUAUUAGUGGUAGAGCAUGAUUAUGAUGUGUUUUUCUUCGUCUAAAUGUUUCAUAAUUUGUGAAUUUAACUUGAGUCUGGCAUUGUACAUAGAAAUUCAGGAAAAUUUUGAUUUAUAGAUAUCCAAGUUUUGAACACUAGGAUUAGUUUGUAACUUCAUGUGGUUGUUAUGAUUGUUGGGUAUUGCAAGUAGUUUUAGCUUUAGACGGAAUCAGAAGGAAAAUACGUGUAAAGACCAAGUACAUGGAUGCAUGCCAUGGUAUGUGAAUGUGAUUAGUCUUGGAAUCAUGUAGUCUUCAUUGGAACUUAAUACCCUAUUAAGGCUCUUGAACAUGUAUGAAAUUGCACUCAAUUAUGGAAA